GUGUGAUACGUUUUAUUUUGCAAUGUUUUGAAUAUCAUCAUGCGGAAGGGGUUGUCAAUACGAAAGGGGGGCGAUGGAACAUGAUAAAAAUACUCCAUCGACGCGAGAAUAUUCAAUUUUGAUCAAAAUUGGCUGAAAGACUGACGGUGGGGAUGUCAAACUCUAUGUUGAGGUGGAACAACAAAGAGGAACUAAUAGCAUAAAACAUUCUAAUUAAGUGGGGAUAUCAAUUAGCUUUUUUUUGCAUGUACAGCAAACAUGCCGACGCGGGGGAGAUAAGACGGCUGAUUAAGUGUUGCGAAAAAGAGUAGUGGCAAAAAUUCAGUAAAUCACGAGCAAGGCAGGAAGAAUGCAGCAAAUAAUUGUGGAUAAAUCCUUGGAAAUACUGACAAUGUCACAGAGGAGCGUGCUAUUGAGCAUUGUGGCACCGCUGGUAUUUAUUGUUAUCCUCGGCAACGUGACGGCUAUUGUUGUGAACAUUAGGCGACCAUUGCGCCUCCUUUUCAAGUCCUGCCUCCUGUCGCUAUCUGUGAGUGACUUGGUCACGGGAAUUAUCACAUCCAGUGCAUACAUUUCGCAAUUUUCAACGUACAUGACGCAAGUGUGGUACCUCGGAGAUGCCCUGUGUAGCCUAAAUGCCUUCCUGUCCACCAUGGCUAUCCUUGCAAAUAGUUUCACGCUCGUCACCAUUGCACUGGACCGUUACAUGGCUAUUUUCAAGACUGUUAAGGGCACCUGGGGCUCCAGCAUCACCUUUUGCUGCAUCUACAUCAUCUUGCUCUGGGCAGUCUCGGCAGGCAUCGCAAGUCCCCUCAUCUCAUCAUACUUCAUUGUGGACAUCCUUAUUAUUCGCUCGGAAUCCUGGUUGAAUGCAACGCAUUAUGAAUUGAUGGAGGCAUCGCUGUGUUUGACGCAGAAAGAGAACACGGGCUACUACUAUUGGCUACUCUUCACCAUUGUCUUCCUGCCCCUACUGCUGCUCUUCCUCUGGCUCAAUGGGAAACUAGCGCAGGAAAUUUGGAAUCGUAGAAAACCCAUAAAGGCCGCUGGGGGUGCAUCCCUUAAUCCCAGCACCGUGGAUACGUCCAGUGAGAGAAAGACUACGACGUAUUCGGUGGUGUCAGGACCAGAGAAUGUCCACAGUGUACCAGCCAAACGAUCCGUGGCAGCCAAGGAACCCGUAGUUAGGAGUGUUGCAAACAAAUCACGCAAAGCGCAGCAGAUGAAGAUGUUCAAAGUGGUCGUAGCGAUAAUUAUCGUGUUCUUCGUGUGUCGCCUCCCCACGUGGAUCUUCCUGCUCAUAAAGCUCCACAAUGAAUUGUAUGAGAACUACCACUGGGUGCUGCAUUUCUCAUUUGGCAUUCUCUCCCUACUAAAUUGCGCCAUAAAUCCCAUUCUCUACACCUUUUUCUCCGAUUCCGUCAAAUGGGCAGCCUCAUUUGGGAAUGUACUCAAACGCUUCAAGGCACUCUUCAGGCGAAACAAGCAAGAGUCGCGGGUGCUAAGCAAUCAAUCACAUGUGCCAUCACCUGUUGUGCUCAAGUCGAAGAAUACCACAAAUAUCGGCGAUGAGGGCUUCAUUUAAGUGUAAAUUGGAGGAUUUAUUGUAUUUUAUGGACAAAAUAUACGGUGUUCUCCUGUU